GCAGAACCUUCGGACCUCUCCGAAAACCGUCAUCAGCCACCGUUAUCCUCCGCCCUUUCCAUUUCCUUAAUUUCCUAAAAAAUCUAUUGCAGCACAGCCUCGAUUUGCCUGUUAAACUAUCGCUAUCAUCAUAUAAUCCCCCUCCCUACCCACACCAACAACCUUUACUCUGUCGCACCGAAAUCUAGAAUCAGUUUCGGCUUUUCCAGAUGAAAAACAACGCACUUGUGAUUUGAAAUCAGAGAGUUUUGGAAAUGUUUGGGGCUGUCCAGUUUGGAUUAUUGGCAGCCGGGAUUGUAUUGUUCGUGCCGAUGGGUAUGGCGGGAUGGCAUUUAAGCCGGAAUAAGAUGCUCUUCUUCAGCUGUGCCCUUUUCAUCACACUCGCUGUCGGUGUGCACUUAACCCCGUUUUUCCCUUCAAUUUCUAAUUUUCUGUACAAGUCUUCAUUGAUUUCUGAUUCAUCUUCGCCGACUGGAGCAACUUCUUCUUCCGUGAUCCGGGAUUCAUGCAUUUUUUCUCUACAUAGUGUUGUUAUGUAUAAAAGUAACUAUAAUGAAUGUAUGGAUGAUGCUAUUGAUACUAAUAGUGAUAGUAGUUGUAAGAAGAUGUCGUGGAAAUGGAAGCAAUCGGAAAGUGUUGCUGAAUGUGGGUUUCAAAAGUUAAAGAAGCCAGAUGUGUCGGUGUUGUUAAAUGGGUCUUGGGUAGUUGUUGCCGGGGACUCUCAGGCGAGGUUAAUGGUGGUUUCUUUGUUAGAGUUGAUGUUGGGUUCGGAUGGGAUGAACAAAAUCAGAGGGGAUUUGUUUAAGAGACAUAGCGAUUAUUCCACAACUGUGGAUGAAAUUGGGAUGAAGUUGGAUUUUAAGUGGGCGCCGUAUGUUAGAAACUUGACCAACUUGAUGAUGGAAUUUAAGGAAAAUAAGGAUUAUCCAGAUGUCAUUUUAAUGGGAGCUGGGUUAUGGGAUAUGUUGCACGUGAAUAAUGCAUCAGAAUAUGGUGUAUCGUUGUCGGCGUUGAAGGAUUCAGUUUUGUCGCUUUUGCCGGUUUUCCGGAAUGUGGAUUCCAUUGAUAGGGAGACAAGUGAGUCGAUGUGGAUUAGGUCACCUCAUCUGUUUUGGCUUGGGAUGCCAGUAUUGAUAAACUCAAUGUUGAACACAGAGGAAAAAAGGGAGAAGAUGAAUGAUGUAAUGUGCAAUGCUUAUGAUGAUGAAGUUUCUAGAACUAAAAUUUUGCGGCAAUCUGGAGGACCACUUUUGAAAUUGGAUAUUCGUUGGCUGACUGGCCUAUGUGGGCCUCGGUGUACGAUGGAUGGGAUGCACUAUGAUGGGGUCGUUUAUGACGCUGCGGUUCAAAUCGUGCUGAAUGCGUUGCUUCUUGAAUCAAAUCAGAAGGCACGGUGAUGCAAAUUUUGUUUGCACAUUAAGGAAUUGAUAACUGUGGAAUAACAAAAGGCCUUCUUGUGGGCCCAAAAUUCCUAGCGUCUCUUGAGGUUUCUUUAAUUUUAUUUCUCGGAUUCUUUCCAGGUGCUUCCCUUGUCAGCAUUAACCCAAUAGUGAAUUUUGGUAUUGUAGUUAUGUGGGGUUGAUUUUUUCCCUUUACUUUUCAAUAUGCUUGAAAAUCCUACUCGCACAAAUUGUAUGUGAUAGAUAGAGAAAUUACAAGUGUCUCACAUCUAAUUUUGAUGUAAAGAGAUGCAAGAAUGUUUGUUGAUUUCUUGUAUACGAGCUUUCUUUUAUGAAAAUGCUUCUCAAAUUGUUU